AUGCUGGCAAGAUCGAUCAGAGCCAUCUCGGCCUCUGCAGUUGCUUCGUCAUCACGAACGCUCACCACUACCACAGCACCAGCAGCAACGACUUCGGCGACGAAGCUCAUCCCAAAGCCAGAUGGCGCCAUCUCAGAUCCUGCGACCUUCCUGACCUCCAUCUCCGGCCCGCGUCGCGAUCUUGCGUCCAACUCGUCGCUCACGUCGGCGCUCGGCGACAAGUGGGCCAAGAUCUUCACCAUCGAAUCGGCACAGCUCAAGGAGGCGGGAGUGACCGUCAAGGACAGGAGAUACUUCUUGUGGGCAAGGGAGAAGUUCAGGCAGGGCGCAGAUCCGGAGAAGUUUGUGAUCGAUGCCAAGCCCAAGAAGAAGGUGCGUGGGUGGGGGCCCAGGGUUCAGACGGCAGAGAGGAUCCGGGUGAGGGGUGUCAGGAGGCCUGGCGAGAAGUGA